GGGCUUUUAUAGGUAAAACCAUAAAAUUCAAAGGUCAAAAAGAAUAACUAAAAUUGUUCAGGGGAUUAAAUGGGAUAUGGCGUAAAAUGAAAAUUAGGGCUGAAGAAGAUCAUCAGUACAUUCGGAUUCGGUAGUCCAAUAAAACCUCAAAACCAAUUCCUUUCCCCGCCGGCUCCCUAUCUUGUCGCCGGAGUUGCUGUCCAUCUCACCGUUCGUUGGCCUCUCUCUUCCUCCUCUCUAUCUGGUUUCUUGCCAAUCUGGCAGCGGCGGAAGCUUUCAGUUUCUAGCUCAGCUGUUUCGGAUGCAUCAAUGUUCAGUCCGGUUCAGCUCCAGUGAACUGAUAAUCGAGUCUGGAGCCUCUGCACCGACUAGCUUUUUCUUAAAUGGAAACUGUGAUAGUGGGGCGCCAGUUUCUGGGUUGUUCUUCGAUUUGGCAAUCAAUUUCUAGAAUGAAAAUUGUCUGAGCGUUGGAAUAGCAUUUCCCUGGGUUUGAGCCUUUGAGGUAUAAAGAAAUCCUGAAUCCCUAGCCAGAAAGAAAGAAUCAUGAACAAUAGUGAAAAGAAGCGGAUGAACGGUGAAGCAGAAGAAGAGAAUGAAGAAGAUGUUGAAGAUGAAGGGCGUGAUGCGUGGGAGAGGACAUACACAGACGAGAGAUCAUGGGAGGCAUUGGAAGAGGACGAGUCAGGACUGCUUCAACCUAUUGAUAACAAAGCAAUCUACCAUUCUCAGUAUCGUAGACGCCUUCAAUCUCUUUCAGCCACGUCCGCUGCAUCGAGGAUCCAAAAGGGGCUCAUUCGGUUUCUCUGUGUAGUGGUCGAUCUUUCCAAGGCAGCUGGAGAGAUGGAUUUCAAACCAAGUCGCAUGGCUGUGAUUGCAAAACAUGUUGAGGCUUUCAUUAGGGAGUUUUUCGACCAGAACCCACUUAGUCAGAUUGGUCUGGUGAUUAUAAAAGAUGGGGUAGCUCAAUCUUUGACCGAACUUGGUGGGAGUCCUGAGGCCCAUAUUAAGGCCUUGAUGGGUAAGUUAGGUUGUGCAGGGGACUCGUCACUCCAGAAUGCUCUUGAACUUGUCCAUGACACUCUCCAUAAAAUCCCAUCAUAUGGUCACCGUGAAGUUCUCAUUUUGUAUUCUGCACUCUCAACCUGUGAUCCGGGUGAUAUAAUGGAGACUAUCCAGAAAUGCAAGAAGGCUAAACUAAGGUGCUCAGUUAUUGGCCUCUCUGCCGAAAUGUUUGUGUGCAAACAUCUUUGCCAGGAAACUGGUGGGUCAUACAUGGUUGCCUUGGAUGAGGGUCACUUCAAAGAGCUCUUACUAGAGCAUGCACCACCUCCUCCUGCCCUUGCUGAAUUCGCCAUUGCGAACUUGAUCAAGAUGGGUUUCCCACAAAGAGCAGCAGAAGGUUCUAUAGCAAUCUGCUCCUGCCACAGAGAAGCUAAAGUAGGUGAAGGGUAUAUAUGUCCAAGAUGCAAAGCCCGUGUAUGUGAACUGCCCACAGAAUGUCGUUUUUGUGGAUUGACACUUGUCUCGUCACCCCAUCUAGCUAGAUCUUAUCAUCAUCUUUUCCCAAUCGAGCCAUUCACCGAGGUAUCUGCACGUCAAUUGGAAUUGAGUAGAGUAGCUUCAAAAACUUGCUUCAGUUGUCGAGAGAGCCUUCUAACUCCUGGUACUAACAAGGCUGGCCCUUGUGCGGCUUGUACAAAGUGCAAGCAGUAUUUCUGCCUUGAUUGCGACAUUUAUAUUCACGAGAGCUUGCACAACUGCCCUGGCUGCGAGAGCCGAAGAAUUACCCCUGCUGCUGCCUCUGUUACUAUGAGUUGA